AUGGCGACAACCACCGGAUGGGCACAGCUGCGGCAGCAGGCUAGGUCGCUAGAAACCCAAACAGACAACCUCUUUCAAACAUAUUCAUCCUUUACCUCCAACCCGUCAAAGAAACCGUCUGAAGACGAAAUACGGAUAGAAGCUCAGUUACAAGACCUCCUUACAAGGCGAGAUGCUGUUGUAGCUUCCCUCUCCCGAACUCUCGACUCGGAUUCAGCUGCCGGUUCAUCCGCUACCAAACUCCAAAAUGUUCUUCGACACAAAGAAAUUCUUUCAGACCAUCGUAAAGAAUACCAACGUCUAAAAACCGCAAUUACACAGGCUCGUAAUCAUACAAACCUUCUCAGCUCUGUGCGCGACGACAUCAACCAAUACCGAACAUCUACAAAUGUAACAAAUGAGGCAGAGUACCGCCUUGAGGAGCGCGAUGCAAUCGAACGUUCGCAUGGAAUGGCGGAUACUGUUCUUGCUACAGCCUAUGCCGUCAACCAGGAAUUCGGACAACAACAUUUGCAAUUAGCCAGUAUAAACCGAAGAAUCAAGGGAGCUGCUAUGCAAAUUCCCGGAAUCAAUACAUUGAUUGGAAAGAUCAAUACAAGAAAGAAGAGAGACAGUGUCAUUCUGGCUUGUUUGAUCUCGCUUUGCUUUUUAAUGCUGCUCUGGAUUCGGUAA